AGGUAGAGAAUUGUUAUAAAUAUAGUACGAAAUAGAGGAAAAACACAUUUGACUCUCUGUGUUUAGUAAUAUAUUGAUGUACUACCGUUGUAUUAUUCACGAUGAAUACCGAAACUUUGAAAGAACUGCUCCUUAAUGCAAGCCAUUUGCAUGUGUUUGGAUAUGGAUCACUGUUGUGGAAAACCGAUUUUAAAUACGACUCAAAACAAGUUGGUUUUAUAAAGAACUACAAACGAAAAUUUGAUCUUGGAAAUACUACACACAGGGGAACGGAGAAAAUGCCUGGACGAGUUGCUCACAUUGAAGAAAGUGAAGGGGACAAAGCAUGGGGAGUUGCCUUCAAAGUUUGUGGAAAAGCAGAAAUCAUGAAAGCUCUAAACUACUUAAAUACAAGGGAAUGUGAACUGGGAGGUUACACGACUUUGGUGACAGAAUUUCAUCCUCGCGAAAACCCGAAGCAAACUUUAACCGUUUUAUGUUACACGGCUACAAAUGACAACACUCUUUAUCUAGGACCGACCAGUUACCUUGAUAUGGCAAGCCAAGUUGUGUCCGCAAGAGGAAAGGCGGGAAGCAAUGUAGAAUACGUAACGAAAAUUGCGGAAUACGUCAAAUCAUUCAUUCCCGAGGACACCGACGAACAUCUGUUUUCAUUGGAUAAAGAAAUUAGGUUUUUAAUACGUGAUAGACAAUUAUCAAAGCAUCGAGUUGGGCAAGAUCCUGAGUUACAUGCAAGCACGAUAAUAAACCCGGUUCCUGCUUCGUAGAAUACCAGUGAAACUAAGGAUGCGCUUGCAUCAUCAAGAUGUUUCAUUAUAUUACAGAGCCCUGCCUUUCCGUCUUCUAGCAAGGUUCACAAAUUCUGGGUUGGGCUUUUUUCGCAUAUAUUGAUUGCUAUCUGAAAGCUUGAAAUGACUCGAAUGUUUCUGGAUGCAAAAAAUACGAGGACACCACAGUUUUUUACGCACUAAGAAUAGCAAACUUUCUAUUUUUCUACAUGUAGAUGGUGAAAAUGGUUGUGACGUUUUGCAGAGCAGUAGAAAGAAAGAAAAUAAAAAAAAUAAAAUCGCUAGGUUACGUCUUCCGUCCUUUUCGUGUAGUAUUUAUUCGCUUUGCCUUCCUUCAAUAUCUUAUGUUAAUAAAGGCAAGAUCAAAGUAAAUGAACUUUACCAUGCUUAACCUUAGUAGUAGGGCACUAUGGUUCAUUGAAUUUACUGUUAUACACUAAACAAAUGUACAGUUCUCCUUUCAUGUUGGCUUUCGCCCCAUAAGUGUAUAGCGAUUAGCCCACAUAUUAUGUAUUUAUUUAUAGGUGUUACCCAGUCACAAACACAACUGCUAAUCAAAAUAUUAAACCCUAUUUUGUGAUCAACCACACGGGUGAUGGGCAUUAUUAGUCGGUUUAUAUUGAAUUUCUACUUUACAUUCCGAAUAUAAUUGUUUGUUACUCAAUUUGAUUGAAAUACAGAUGUUAUGAAAAGUU